AAGAGAGACAAAACCAUCUGUCUCACGUUGUUGUUGCCUUCCUCGCUGCUCCCCGGAAUUCGAAAAUCGUCUUCUUCUGUUUGACGGAAAGGGCCAUUUCUUCUGGUCUCCGGUGAACUACUCCGGCAUGAGUACAGGCGAGCUCCUCAAUAUCCACCCCCAGGACCUUCAAUUUCCCUUUGAAUUGAGGAAGCAGAUCUCCUGCUCACUGCAGUUGUCCAACAAGACAGAUGACUAUGUGGCUUUUAAGGUCAAGACAACGAAUCCCAGGAAAUACUGUGUUAGACCUAACACUGGAAUUGUGUUGCCGAGGUCUACUUGUGAUAUUAUAGUGACAAUGCAAGCGCAAAAGGAGGCACCUCCUGACAUGCAAUGCAAGGAUAAGUUUCUCCUUCAGAGCGUGGUGGCAAGUGCUGGAGCUACCACUAAAGAUAUUACUCCAGAUAUGUUCAAUAAAGAGUCAGGCCAUCAUAUUGAGGAGUUCAAAUUGAGAGUUCUAUAUGUUGCUCCUCCUCGACCACCAUCCCCAGUUCGGGAGGGAUCAGAGGAAGAUUCUUCUCCUAGGCCAUCAGUAUCAGAAAAUGGACAUUUAAAUGCUUCUUCUGAAUUUACAGCUGCUUCAAAAGCUUUCAGUGAGCGGGUUGAACCUCAAGAAACUUCGUCUGAGGUACAUAUGGCAAGGACUCUUAUUUCAACGGUGACUGAGGAGAAAAAUUACACAAUUGAGCAAAAUAAAAAGCUGCAGCAAGAAUUGGAUCUCUUGAGGCGUCAAGUCAGCAGGAACCGCCGUGGCAUUCCAUUUACGUAUGUACUUCUGGUUGGCAUUAUUGGCAUCAUUUUGGGAUACCUAUUGAAGAGGACAUGACCCCAGGAACUCCGAAGAGACGGAAAUGUAGAAGGCAAUGAGAUCGUGAAUGAUCCACAGACACUGUUUAUUUUAUCAACCAAUUGUUGUCGCUCUUUGAAAGGAUAAAAAGAGAAAAAAUUGGCUUUGUGUGAGUAGGUGGUAGCUUUAUUAGCAAAAUAGAUGCUGGGGAAGUUGAUGACAUCUGUAUCUUGGGAAUUUGGGUAUUUUAUGUAGUGUGCCAACUCUUUGAAUAAUCUUUUGGCGGCUUCUCUAAUCUUCUUACGUGGGUUUCAGUAUUUAUAGACUCUGAAAUCGAUUAGAUGUGGCUAGUAAGAUGUUGAAAUGGCAUUAGAGCAGGCUGAUUGGCCUUGAAGACCCCAAAAAUUAGCCAUGUUGACUUGGGAGAGGUUUGUUUUAUAUUUCUUUCUUUCUUCCUUUCUUUCUUUAUAAUACAAGUGGUAGCAUGCGGGAUGGAACCUGCUACCUAUCGCCAGCAAGGACAAAUGGUGUGCCAAGGGCAUCUUGAGAGAAUUAUUUUCCCAGUUAGAAAGGUAUUAUUCUUUGAUUAUCAGCAAUUAUUUUGUUCCUCAAUGAUCAAACUCUCCAUUGAAGGUUCUUUUUGGAUCUAGGUUUUAGGAUCAGCUAGAGUCUGGUUGAUACCAUUCGUGAUAUAUGAUAAUUUUUUUUUAAUAUACUUUAUAUUUUA